AUGACAUCUCAAACGCCAAAUGAUUCCUUCUAUAUGAGUGCUCCGGCCAGCCCGAGGAGAAUCAGCUUGGAAGGUUUGUGUUUCUAUAGUGUCCCAACUAGUUCAACUAGGAAGACCCUGAAGGCUGCAUAUGAUCUCGACACUGAGCCAACGACACCAAGAACUUUUGAAGAUUCAAAUUCCAAUGUUGAUGAGUUCGAGUUUGAAACUAGGCGUCGUUUCAAUGUUGACGAAUAUGGAUUCGAAUCAGAGCCUAAGUCCGAGUCCAAAUUGGAGGAUCCACAAGAGAACCAUGUUCGUAAGGAAUCACUUCCUGCCAUGGCGUUCGCUGAUGAACUAUUUUCUGGUGGGAAAGUCAUGCCACUGAAGCCUCCGCCGCGACUUCAAUAUGCCAAUGACAACAAGUAUGAUAAACAAAGCUCGACUUUGUCAUCUCCCAGGUCGCCAACUGGUGUCCUAAAACUUCCAUUUCAACGUAGGAGCUUGUGGAAUGAUGAUUUUGAUCCCUUCAUGGUAGCUUUGGAGAACGUCAAGGAAGAAAAAGUUGAGAAAUCUCAAGCAAAAAAUCGUAGACGGGCUCGGUCCAUGUCACCGUUUAGGGAGAUAAUUCCCAAGGGAACCUAUGACUUAUCAGGCUCAAGCCAGCAGCAAAUCAAUCAGAUGGGUCUCAUAUUACCAACGCAACAAUUAAAGCCCAACUUGAACAAGAGGAUGGAGAGCAAUGACUCAGCCUUUUUGAUGUGGGUUCCAGACCAAAACAGGCAAAUGGGUCGUCAAGAACAGCUGAAACAAGUAAAGAAAACCCCAAUACAGUUGGCAGAGCCCAAAGGGGUUCUUUUUGCAAGCAGAGCAAGGCUUGUUAAAGUGGGCCAUGAAAAUCCAAGAAAGACCAAUGUCAUCAACCCAACAGUGGAAGAAGGAGAAAGUGCAAACGCAAGUGGAGAAACAUGUACAAAGGAAACCAUCAGCCAGAAAUUCAAGAAACUCCUUUUCAGGAGCGGAUCCGUGAGAAAAAUAAGCAAUGAGGAGAAGCCUAAAAGUUCAAAUGCAACAGAGUCAAAGCCUAAUAUUACAAGGAAAUUUAGCUUUAAGUCCAUGGGAUUAACCCAAUACAAUGAGGAAAAGGGGGUGUCUCAAGUGACCAGAAUGACACUCGUACAAUAUAGACCUAAGUUGUUGCUUUGUAUGGGUUAUGGGGCUAAGUAUGUGCAGUAA